AUGUCGAGUCCUACCCAACUGGUACUUCGGCUUGCACGUCUCCCUACUAUUAGAAGGCAUUCAGUGCUUCUGACCCUGCAGGACCAUGGGCUGCUGAAAGCAACUGGGUGGACGAGACGACAGUUCUCUUCCAAAUCAAGGCAAUUCCAGGUCACCCAAUUUCAGGCUGCCGACGGGCUGGUGACCAACCAUGGCAAUAAUCCAGAAGAAGAAGACAAAGACAAAAACCAACGACGGCCAAGAAAAGUCACUGUGUACUUGUCGAACGAAAAUUCCUCUCAGUGGACCACCACAAUCCCUUCCAACGAGCAGCAUGACAAGGAUCGGAAUAAUACAACAAAAACAAAAACAACAACCAGCAAUUCCCUGCAACAAUAUCUAUUUGACAAUGUCAUCACACACUUUCUUCCCGCACACUAUCCACACAGUGUCGCACCGGGCUAUGCAAAAUUCAGUAUAUUGGCAUUUUCCGCUUCGGCGGCGGGAAGUGCUGCCAUGGUAUUGAGUACCCAAACACUGCUAUUGGCCGUGGGAGUGGUGGGAGCAUCCUCGCACAACAAUGCUUCCAUCAUGGCCGGUGCAUUGAAUUGGGUCCUCAAAGAUGGCAUUGGACAACUCGGGGGUGUCAUUUUUGCCAGUCGCAUGGGACACACCAAGAAAUUCGAUUCCGAUCCCAAACGAUUGAGAAUGCUGGCGGCCCUCUGUUUGGAUGGUGCCAGUUUGUUGGAAAUAUUGUCGCCCUUUGUACUGUCCACGUGGGUCUUGCCGUUAGCGUGUGUUGCCAAUAUUGGAAAGAAUAUCGGAUUCUUGACGGCCAGUGCCAGUCGCGCCGCCAUUCAUCAAUCUCUGGCGCGGCAAGGAAAUCUAGCCGAUGUCACGGCCAAAAGUGGAACGCAAUCCAUGGGGGCCGGAUUGGUCGGGACCGCAUUGGGCAUUGGGUUGUCGACCGUGGUAUUGCAUCACGAUGCCACCAACUUUGUUGUCGGAUUUUGUGUCUUGAGUGCAAUUCAUCAGGGAUGCAACUAUUUGAGUCUCAAGGCUGUCCCAUUGAGACGUUUCAAUCGACAUCGGCUCCAUUGGGUGCUUUCCGAAUAUUGCAGUAAUAGCAGCAACAACAGCAACAACAACACGAAAGAUCAAGCACAAUUCACAAGAGCAGUGCUGACACCCUCUCAAGUGGCGGGCCGAGAACAGUAUUUUCCUCUCUCUUUUUCAAGCCCGGAUGACGCUCAUUCGUGGCUUUCCAUUGGCUCUUCCUUGGAGGCUCUGUGUCCUGGCCCAGUACAAGACUUUCAACAGCUUUACGAGUUGUUGCAGGACGAAGCCUACUUGUUGAAUAUUACAACGGGGAGGAUCCAUUUGGUAUUUCAGGAACAUGCCACGGGAGAGGAUCUGAUCAAAGGAAUGCUUCAUGCGUAUCUACUACAUCACGAGGGACAACUGGGCGAAACACAUGCAGAUCAUCAUCAUCUAUCGGCAAUCAAACAUUCGUAUCAGACUGUCCAAGAGACGUUUCCAGAGUUGAAAGAGGAACUAGAGCGGCAUGGAUGGAUGACGGGAACUGAUGUUACUAGCGUUGAACCGGCGGAUGCCUAUCGGCUGAACAUAGAAGCAAAGGCGUAA